ACAGACGCCGCACCUCGGGAAUCAACAACAACAAUAACAACAAUACCAAUACGGCAAUACAUCCAUUAUAUUAUAUUAUAUUAUAGGUAUCAAACGACGGUCUCCGGUGCGCGUUCCGUCGCUAUACUGCGAUACAGUGUGGCGCCGCCGCCGCUGCACCGCGCACAGCAACCGCUCACUAGACAGUCGACGGCAGCAGCGUCCGACAGACGCGAGCACGCGACCGACAUGGAACCAUCACCGGCUGCACGGCCGCAGCCGCUGCGAGAGCUGCCUCAUGGACAGGCGCAAAACGGCCGGCAGACUACGACCGACGACGCCUCGUCCGAGCCCUGUUACAUCGACGACGUCGCCGCCACUGUCGCCGAGAAGGUGACGGCUGCCACGGUGGUCGACCGUUUGGAGACGGCGGCCACGAUGACGGCUGUCGACGGGAAUAAUCUGACUGCGGUGACGGCCGCUGACGAAGAGGUCACCGCUGCAGCUGCUCCGGCGACGUUGCAAAUCACCACUGACGAGAAGGCUGUGACCGCUGCGGCGCGAGUAUCCGAAGUUAUUGAAAAUGAAAUAAAUAAAAAAAAAGAAGUUAUCAUUAGCGUUAUUCCACACAUGCAGGUACAGGUAAAUUUAUACCGAACUAUUUUAAGCUGUUAUCAUAAUGUAACUUUAAAGCAAUUGGGGGGGGGGGGCUUUAGGGGCUAAGCCUCCAAAAAUGUCCAUAGGCCCCCAAACAUUUCCUGCAUUUUGUUUUAAGGUUAUUUAAUAUUAUCAAAGUAAGGCUCCCCCCUCUCCCAAAUCCCGAACGCUAUUUGCAAAAAUGCUUGUAAAUUACCUAUAAUAUUAUGUAUACAUUUCUGGUACCUACCUAUUUAUAGUAUAUGACAUUGUAAGCAGUGUGAAAUGUGUAACAUUGUUUAAAACCUUUUUUUAUAGAAUUAACAUCACCUAAGAAGUUUUG